AUCUGCUCGCCUGGAUCUGUGCCCCUGGAUCUGCUCACCUUGUGGGACCUGCUUACCUGGACCUGCUCACCUGAGCACUCCCAGGACCUGCUCACCUUGUGGGAUCUGCUCACCUGGACCCUACAGACUGUGGGAUCUGCUCACCUGCAUUCUGCUCACCUGGACCCUACAGACUGUGGGAUCUGCUCAUGUUGUGGGAUCUGCUCACCUGGAUCUGCUCACCUCAGCACUCCCAGAAUCUGCUCACCUGGAUCUGCUCACUUGAGCACUCCCAGAAUCUGCUCACCUUGUGGGACCUGCUCACCUGGACCUGCUCACCUGGACCUGCUCACCUGGACCCUACAGACUGUGGGAUCUGCUCACCUGGAUCUGCUCAACUGAGCAUUGCCAGAAUCUGCUUACCAUGUGGGACCUGCUCACCUGGACCUCCUCACCUGGAUCUGCUCACCUGAGCACUCCCAGGACCUCGUCAGCUUGUGGGAUCUGCUCACCUGGACCUGCUCACCUGGAGGGAUCUGUGCCCCUGGACCUGCUCACACCUUGUGGGACCUGCUCACCUGGACCUGCUCACCUUGGACCUGCUCACCUGAGCACUGCCAGGACCUGCUCACCUGAGCACUCCCAGGAUCUGCUCGCCUUGUGGGACCUGCUCACUUGGACCUGCUCACCUUGUGGGACCUGCUCACCUGGACCUGCUCAUGUUGUGGGACCUGCUCCUGGACCUGUUCACCUGGACCUGCUCAUGUUGUGGGAUCUGCUCACCUGGACCUGCUCACCUUGUGGGCCCUGCUCACCUGAGCACUGCCAGGACCUGCUCACCUGGACCUGCUCAUGUUGUAGGACCUGCUCACCUGGACCUGCUCAUGUUGUGGGACCUGCUCACCUGGACCUGCUCAUGUUGUGGGAUCUGCUCACCUGGACCUGCUCACCUUGUGGGACCUGCUCACCUGAGCACUGCCAGGACCUGCUCACCUGGACCUGCUCAUGUUGUAGGACCUGCUCACCUGGAGGGAUCUGCUCACCUGGACCUGCUCAACUGAGCACUCCCAGGACCUGCUCACCUUGUGGGACCUGCUCACCUGAGCACCUGCUCACACCUUGUGGGACCUGCUCACCUGAGCACUGCCAGGACCUGCCCCCCUGGAUGCCCCCUUGGAUGCCCGCAGCCCCGCGGUCACAGGGUCCCAAAUCCCCCAAUCCAGCCGCUGCCCCCCCCCGUUCUUUUCCCGAAUUUUGGGUUCCCCGUCGCUUUCCCACACUGGGCUCUGACCCUCAGCGGUUUUGGGGGUCCCCUGGUGCCCCUGGGGGGGUUAAAAAGGGUUUGAGGGGGUCAGAGUGGGGUUUUUAGGGGUUAU